AUGGAUGAAAAAAAUAAACUUGAAUUUAAAGAAUAUACUCGCUGUGCUGCAGAUAAGUCUUCUGUUUGGCAACAUUUUUUGCGGACAUCAGAUGGCCUUCAUGCUCAAUGCAAGAUGUGUAAAAAAGUAUUUAAAACCUCUGGAACAACUUCAAGCCUGCAUAAUCAUCUUAGACUUGUUCAUUCUAUCCAGUUAGCUAAAAAAACAUCUAACUAUUCACUUCCGUCAACAUCUCAAAAAGAUAUGUCAUUAGAUUCCGAUGUCAUAAUGACGCCAGCAACAAAAAAGGCUAAAACAAUAAAUGACUUUUUUCAUGUGAAGGAAGAAGAUGACUUAGAUACUAUACUUGCGAAAAUGACAGCAGUAGAUGGUGUACCGUUUAAAAUAUUCUGUUCUUCGGAAUCAAUGAGAAAGCUAUUUGGAAAAGCUGCUUACAAAAAUUUGCCUAAAUCACCAAAUACAAUAAAGAAAAAGGUUCUGAAUAAAAGUGAGCUACUGAAAAAAGAAGUAAAAAAGGAGCUUAAUGAUAUUAAGGCAGCAGGAAAACAAUUGGCUGUAAGCCUAGAUGAAUGGACAAGUGCACGUAAUCGCAGAUAUGUGAACGUAAAUGUUCAUUCACCAGAGCUUUCUGAAGGUUUUAGAAACUUGGGACUGACGAAAAUAAGGGGCCGUGGAACAGCAGAGAACUGUUAUAAUAUAUUGAACGAAAAAUUGGUAUAUUACGGCUUGUCAAUACAAAACGAUAUCUCGUGCAUAAUCUCUGACGGUGCAAGCGUAAUGUGCGCACUAGGGAGAAUGGUUCCCUCUUAUCAUCAAUUAUGCUUGGCCCAUGGUAUUCAGUGCGCUGUCCUGGACGUGCUAUACAAAGCUGAUAACACAGAAGGUAACACCGGCAUCACUGUUAACAGACCUUGCGAUAGCUCUGACUCUGAGGACGAAAGUGAUAUAGAGAACGAAGAUGAAAAUCGUUUUGUCAUCGAAGCUGACCCCAGUGGGGUCAUUCCCAAGCUGGUUUAUAAAGAAUUGAUAACUAAAGUCCGGAAAAUAGUAAAAUUUCUCAAAGGUUCGCCUACUCGCAUGGAUAUACUCAAUUCUUACCUGGAGUCCAAAUCUAAAGACACGACACUGAUCCUCGAUUGCAAGACUCGUUGGAGCAGCCUUGCUGAUAUGAUAGCAAGAUUUCUAGAAUUCAAAGACGCAAUUCAAAAGACAUUAAUUGAUCUCAAAGAGAAGACUACCUUUUCAGAUACUGAAAUAUUAAUUUUGAAAGAUAUGUCUAGUUCUCUCAAAUUCAUAAAGGACACAGUUGAAGAACUUUGCGAGCGAAAAUCAAACUUACUAACCGCAGAAAUUGCACUUCAAUUCAUGAUGGAGAAAUUGGCGAUGAAUCCAGACGUUAUUAGUGGCCAGCUUAAAGAAGCUUUAAAUAGAAGAAUCUUGCAGAGGAGAAACGCUACAUUGGUAAGUACGUUACAGUACUUACAUAAUCCUACAAAAUAUUAUGACGAAAGGAAUACUCCUCAUGCAUUUUCAAAGGCAUCCCAUGCGGAAAUAAUAGCCUUAAUUGUAAAAAUCAAUGAGACUUAUUUUUGCAAAGAUAAAGCUGCUACAACUGUCUUUGAAGCUGAAGAUGGCCUGCCUUUAAGAGAAAUACAAAGACAGCAGCGCCUUGAAGAUGAGAGGGAACAGGAUACAGCCAAGACAUUCAAGGAACAGUUAAAGACAAAAGUUAAUGAAACCUUGCACAAUACUGCUGAGGUAUCAACAAAACAUUUGUCCGAAAACGAUGACUUGGAAACGUCUGUCAGGGUGGAAAUGGCGCUAUUAGAUCGAAGUGGCCCUAAAAGCAUUCAUCUACAACGUGUUUACGAUUUUUUACUUACCAUCCCACCUACAAGCGUUGAAGCAGAACGUGUAUUUUCGGCUAAUAGAUAUUUUUACAAUUUGAUUUGA